AUGGCAAAGAGUGUCCGAGCCAGCGUCUCCAAGCGCAACAAGGCGGCCCUGCGCAAAAAGGUCUUUGGUCCUGUCGUCGACGCCCGGACGGAGAGGCUGUCGGCCAAACUCCAAGAGAUUGCCGCGCAGCCCCGGCCAGAACGAGAGAAGACAGACGGUUCGUUCACUGCUUCGAUGCUCAUGGACUAUGCACUAAUAUCUGUUCUCACCACAGAAGAAGAUCAGGAUGCGGCUGCCACCACCAAGGACUCGCAGAAUGACGAAGAGAUGGACAUUGACACAACGUCCAAGGAUACCAAGAGCAAGUCCAAGUCCGGACGUGUGCAGAAGCGCAACCGGCGCGCCCGACCGUCGAUAGUGUUUCAGAAAUACUCGUCCAAGAAGGGCUCGAAGAAGUGA